GUGCCUGCCCAGCAGGGGCUCAGUGGCACCUUGGUGCAGGGGCCACGGGCUGGACCGUUCUCAUGCACCGUGACUCCCACCUGUCUGCAUCUCUGCUCACGUGCAUCCUCUUCCGCCGGGUCUGAAAUUGCCUGCUGGCCUCCCUCUGACCUGCCUUAGUUUCUCCUCUUCACUCCUCGCUGCCUGAUGUUUCAUUGCUUAUUGGUUUAUCACUUGUCCCAACUGAAGGCCUCACGAGGGCAGGACGCUUUAUGUCCCGCUCAGCCCUCCAAGGCCAACCUCCAAGCUUAUCAAAAACUCAUGCAAAGCACGUGCUGAUGGGCUGGGAUGUCCUGCGUGAGCCCUGAAGGUGGCUCUGAGGGGCUUCCCUCAUCCCUCUGCUCCCAGGCGGGCCCCACGGGGUGCAGGUUCUCCGAUGACUCUCAGGUGUGUGAAUAAGGGUCUCUGUUCAGGCGCGUCCCCACAGGAGAUGAGACCACAGAACGCAGCCCUGAGUUGGAAGCAUCCCAGAAGGUUCUUUCUCUCUGACCCGCACACCCACCACUGUUCUGGGUGCUCACAAACCCGCCAUUGCUUCUGGUAAUUUCUCAGCUGCUCCUCCUGUCCAGCGACCCCUGCUGCAGAGGCCCAGGGGAAACACAGGCCAGGCCUGUGAGAAGCUCCUGUUUCAGAUGAAGAAAUGGUGUCAGCGAUAAAACUGGAAACUGUUCCUGGCUCGACACCUGACCCGGCCCUUCCACCCCCAGGAUCCUGCCCCCACCAGCAUCCUGCCCCUGCAUCCUCCGCUGGGUUGGCAUCUGCAUUUUUGGUGCCUUCCAGGGAAAGGGCAACAUGGCUGACAAGGCCAAGCCCGCCAAAGCUGCCAACAGGACGCCCCCCAAGUCCCCGGGGGACCCCUCGAAGGACCGGGCGGCCAAGAGGCUGUCACUGGAAUCGGAGGGUGCCGGUGAGGGGGCAGCCGCAUCCCCUGAGCUCAGUGCCCUGGAGGAGGCCUUCCGGCGCUUUGCCGUGCACGGGGACACCAGGGCCACCGGGAGGGAGAUGCACGGCAAGAACUGGUCGAAGCUGUGCAAGGACUGCCAGGUGAUCGACGGCAGGAACGUGACCGUCACUGACGUGGACAUCGUCUUCAGCAAGAUCAAAGGGAAGUCUUGCCGGACCAUCACCUUUGAGCAGUUCCAGGAGGCGCUGGAGGAGCUCGCCAAGAAGCGAUUCAAAGACAAGAGCAGCGAGGAGGCCGUUCGCGAGGUGCACAGGCUCAUCGAGGGCAAGGCACCCAUCAUCUCAGGGGUGACGAAAGCCAUCUCGUCGCCCACAGUGUCGAGGCUCACGGACACCACCAAGUUCACGGGCUCCCACAAGGAGCGCUUCGACCCCUCUGGCAAGGGCAAGGGCAAGGCUGGCCGCGUGGACCUGGUGGACGAGUCAGGCUAUGUGUCCGGCUACAAGCACGCAGGCACCUACGACCAGAAGGUGCAAGGGGGCAAGUAGCCCCCGCUCCAUGCCUCGCGGCACUGCCGGUGUCCCCGGAGCAGGGACUCUGUCACCUCGCACUUCAUUACAUUCCUGUACUAACUGGGGCAGAACUCAGACGGGUGCCCCAGAGGGGGCUGGGGGGCGGCCAGGCCCAGGCCUCCCUCCCGCCCCUCCUCCCACCGGAUGCCCCCAGCACUCCCCUCUCAAACCAGGUUUGGGCCCCAGUUCACUGACCCUCCUAAUACACCUGCCUCGCCCUCAGCCAUUUCCAAAGUGUCUCGCGGAUCACACCACACUGGGCACGUGGUUUGCAGGUCAAAGGGGCGUUUUAAAGCAGCUGGCUGUCAUGGCAACAGGAGGCUGUGCUGACCUCCUGAGCGGCAGACACCUUCCAGGAGCCCUGAGGGCGGCAGGAGCUAACCCCAACCAGCAGGCAACUAACACGGAGUUGGCCCCACACCGGACGUGGGAGGUGUCUGUGGGGCCCGAGGCCUGUCCUGUGUGCAGCGGACACCACGGGGCCUUCCUGCUUUCCUGGGCAGAGGGCAGAGUGAGGCCACCUGGCGGGGGUGCUGGGCGCCUGGCACAUGUGUGGGGAAGCCGGUCACAUGGACACACCUGUGCACACAUGCCUACAGGCCAGCUCUGUGCCAAGGGCAACCUAGGUAAAACGAAAGCUGUCGGGGGCAGUGGGCGGCUUCCCGGCUGACCACAGUGGCUUGGACUGUGAGGGUAGAGUAGACUCGCUUUGCUUUCCUGAGAAGAUGCGGUGGCUGCCUAUGUUCUCAGAGCGGGUCUGGGAAGAUUCAGAAUGUCCGGUCCCUGUGGUGUUGCCAGGCAAGAGACAUGAAGUGCCGAGACACUCCUCGCCUCACCGCGUGACAGAGCCUCUGCCCGGCCCUCCCGUUCGCCCGUCCUCGCUAACUGCACCCUGUUUGCUCGCAGACCUCCCAUUGCCACAGCCCAAGCACCUUCUUCAACUCUCCCAAAAUGGCUCGGCCUAACCUCUCCUGGCCAAUCCCCGCCGCCGGAGAGCAGGACACUAGGGAGGACCCCCAGUCCUGCAGUGUCUGUGGGGGUUUCUCUGCCAGCAGGGGGCUGAGCAGAGCCCAUCCAGGACACUCCACACUGCCAGGACACACCCAGGCGGCCCGCCCUUGCCUGUCUGCACCUGGGGAGAAGCCGUCGCUCCUGCUCCCUCCUGGGGAGGCUGACGGGUGUGGCCACCCACUGUCACAAUGGCACACUGCCACUGUCCCUUGGCACGCACACAGCCAGAACCACACGUGUGACCUGCUGGGCCGUGGUUCUGGAGUCUACCUGCGGAUGAGCCUGCGGCAGUCCUAGGGAAACUUUUCCAGAGCCUGUUAGCCCGUGGCUACGGUCAGGCUCUGGCCAGGGCAGAGGGCUGCCCAGGGCCAGGCUCACAGUACAGGAGGAUGGCGAGGCCCCUCCCUCACUGGCACGCAUGAGCACCACCCGCCUCCCCGACUCCCAAGAGUGCACCUGCUGCGGCCACAGCCCCGUGGAAGGACUCCCCCUACCUGAGCAGAGCAGAAGCCUCAGGGCGGAGCUCCCAGCCACCAUGGUCCGCUGAGGGCUGGGGGGGUCUCCGAGGCCCCUCAACAGAGAAGCCUCCACCUGAGGAUGGGGAGGACCUGGCAGGCAGCUUCCAUGGCAGGGCUGGGAAGUUCAUGGUGCCUGCAAAUAAAGACCAAGGAAAAAUGGACCUCAGGCUUCGUGGCUCCUUUAGGAUGUCACCUCACCGGCCUGGGGAAGGCGGGGGGUGCCCAAGCCCAGCCCUGUGCCCCCGCUGAACCUGGCUGGACCGCGUGUGAAAGGCAGAACUAACGUGCGGAAACAUUUGAAAACAACUCUGAAUGUGCAGUGCGGAAUCACCCGAUCACAGACGAGCAGUCACCGGAAUCGCCCGGUCACAGACGAGCGGCCACCGGAAUCGCCCGAUCACAGACGAGCAGUCACCGGAAUCACCCGAUCACAGACGAGUGGCCACCGGAAUCGCCCGAUCACAGACGAGCAGUCAUCAGACUCACCCGAUCACAGACGAGUGGCCACCGGAAUCGCCCGAUCACAGACGAGCAGUCACCGGAAUCACCCGAUCACAGACGAGCAGUCAUCAGACUCACCCGAUCACAGACGAGUGGCCACCGGAAUCGCCCGAUCACAGACGAGCAGUCAUCGGAAUCACCCGAUCACAGACGAGUGGACACCGGAAUCACCCGAUAACAGCCCAUCAUAACUCCAAAGCCCUUGUGUUGAAAAGGCCGAGGACGAGUGGUCACCAAACAGGGUGGCUCCCCAGGUCCCGAAGCCUGAGACCCGGAAGACCCUGGCACCCUGACACCCUCGGACUCCUGCCCUCCUCGGCCUCCCUGGCCCCAGCGCGGCUCCACCCUGGGCUGCGUCUCCUGGUCACAGGCUGCGUUUCUCCUUUCUGUCCGUGGGCAGCCCAGUCCCCACAGUCACGGCCAAGCCACGCAGAACGAACGUGACUCCAGAGGACCUCGCCCUGGAGCUGAGCCUGGCGCCGGGUCAGGACGGAGGGACAGGCGGGUUGGGGUCCGCGGGUCCUCACACCGCACGGCAGGCACAGAGGCUCGCCAGGCCCUGCUCCGGUCUGUGGGGACAAGGGACACUGAGGAGAGGUGCUGGGCACCAGGACGCUGCCUCCUGGUCCCUGGUUGGCCUCAGACAAGAACGGCCUCGAGAGAAGAGCCAAGCGCAUCGGGAGCACACCAGAAACCGGCCCUGAGCACGAGAAGCGCCUCCGCCCGGCCCGGGCACCACCCGACCUCGCAGGGAGCAGGCCCUGUCACCGACGGGUCACCUCGUCCACGCGGCCAGCACCGACUCACCACAGCCCUUCCCAAACCUGGCUGGAGUGGCCGGAGCGGCGGGGCUCAUGGCUCCCAUCUUGGCCCCUGGAGGUGAGCUCAUUCACAGAAGUGGUCCCUUCACUCUGAGAAAAUCGUGGCGUGCAUCCCAAACCCUAGGCCACGCCUGUGGGUUUCGUGAAUGAGAUCGAGGCUGCUGUGGCACCCAGCCCGUCCUGGCCUGGAGCACCCUGGGAUCCUGGAGGGAGAGGCCCCACGCCCCCACUCUCCCUCCACACUUCCAGGGUUGGUGCCCACGAGUUAGAGGCACGGCCUCCCUGGUGUCCCGCCCUCCCCCAGCGGCCCUCAGGCUUUUCUCAGACAUGCGGGAGCCAGGAGAGCACCCUUCUCCACUCAGCUCCAAAGCGAAUCUUUGAAAACAGCCACUCGGCUCCCAUCUCUGUCACCUAGCCAGGAGGGGUAGCAAAAAUAAAGUCACGAGGACAUAGUGGUCACCAUUGUCAGUUACAACUUGUCUGUGGAAUCCGUAAUUGCAUCUGUGUGCCGCCUCCGAACACAGAACAUUGUUUGGACGGCAGCCCCACUGCACAUAACAGACCCGUGCAUCUUCCUCAGUCAGUUUCUGAAUAUUGUGAAUUCAGGCAGGUGUGUGUUCUCUUCUGCAUGUUUUUAUGCACUGCCAAUUAGCUUCUACUAACCACGGUUCAACAGAAAAUAAAUGUGUAUUUAUGAAUAACAAACUGCACAACCUGCAAACCAGGAGAGAGGGACAGGUUCUGUCAGGGGUGACACCAGGACAUAGGGACAGGUUCUGUCGGGGGUGACACCAGGACACAGGGACAGGUUCUGUCAUGGGUGACACGAGGACACAGGGACAGGUUCUAUCAUGGGUGACACCAGGAGAGAGGGACAGGUUCUGUCGGGGGUGACACCAGGAGAGAGGGACAGGUUCUGUCGGGGGUGACACCAGGACACAGGAAUAGGUUCUGUCGGGAGGACAGUGCUGAUCGUGUCUCAGCAUCAGGAAAGGAGAAAGGCAGAGGGAGAGCGCUGAGAAGACUGUUCACGCCAGAGUGCUUAUUUAUUUUUAAUUUACUGCUAUAGGAUAAGCAACCAGGUAGUGUUCCUAACAGUUAGUGUUACCAAAAUUAAAGUUCAAAUUAUAUGUUUAAAAUAUUGUAGAAGAUAUAUAUUUAUACUGGACUACUUUUACACCUUCUAAUAUCCUGUCCAAGUUUCGGCGCAGAUGGUGGAGUUGGGCUGGCAUCAUGUCCUGUGGCCGCCCCACUUGCCUGUCGGUGCCGCUCCAUCCCGGGCCCCAGGGAUGCCAGCUCAGGGCUGACCACAGCAGCCCUGCGUGGGCAUCACCUCCUACCCCAGCCCCCAUCCUGGGCUGCUGCGGCUGCCUGCUUUUGUGAAUGGUGUUUUGUUGGCACAGGGCCUGUCCUGUGUUUUCACACAGGCCUGUGGCUCCUGCUGUACACCUGGAGUGGGGAGGAGUUGAGAUGGAGACGCCUUGGCCCUGGACACUUACCUGUCCCUCUACUGGCCCAGCUCAUCUCCUCCUGUGGGCAAUCACGCGUGCACUGGCCACCCUCCCACCCCACAGCACACACCACGAGGGGAUGGCACAGGGGGAAGAUGAGGCUGGACCGUGAUGUUAUCAAUAGGCUAGAACGUCCUUCAAACACUGAACCUGCAUCUUUCCUCCUCUUACUACUGAACACUUUGUGAGCUCUGGUGGUCCAGGGUGCAGCGUUUGUCCCCGGGCAUGUGAUGGGGAGUCCUGCGCACAUCGAGAUGCUUUACUUCUUUCUUUCGACCUCUUAAAAAACUAAACCAAGCCAAACCACAAAGGAAAUCUGCACAACUUAAGAGAAACUUGAAAGGGAUCGUGUAACUACUAGUUUGUACUAAGUUUUUUUCAAGAAAGGGAAACAAAUUUAUAUAUAUAUAUAUGUGCAAUAUAUUUUUACACUGUGUGAUUAACAUUAGGGAGUACUGAGUGCAUCACUUUAUCAGUGUGACGGGUGAUGUCCAUGUCAUGGCUGUUCUGACUCUGAAAGCCACUUCUGCUGAUGUCUAAACCGCACUCACCGCGGACGUCCGCGGGGUGGGGUGGCCCUGCUGUCCCUCCUGCAGGUGAGAGGCGUGGUGUUGCCUGUUGGACUUGCUGUUGAGCCUGGCUUGCAAACCUGUAGUGAAACAGCUCGUGUCUGUGUGCACACUGCCCCUGUGUCUGCUGUCGUUAACAUUGUGUGUCAAGUUGGUAAAGUGACAAAUAAAGGUGUUAAAACAUGGA